CCAUCCUGUUACAUAAGCUGGUCUGUGGGUGUUCACUGACACUGACCGAGCCCACAUAAAACCAGGCCCCGGCUCCAUCAGCAGCAGUGUGAUCCGCACGCUGCACAGGUGCACUCUGGGAAAUCCACCGCAUCGACAUGCAGACGAUUUUUGGGAAAAAUGGAACGGAGACUCCAGAGCCGGUGAAAGCCCAGGUCAAAGGCUCAGUCCCGUCCUGGCUCCAGGGGACGCUGUUGAGGAACGGACCGGGGAAGUUCAGUGUCGGCGAAUCCGAGUACAAGCACUGGUUCGAUGGGAUGUCACUGAUCCACAGCUUCACCUUCAGCAACGGUGAAGUGACGUACCGAAGUAAAUUUCUGAAGAGCGACACGUACAAGAGGAACGUCAAGGCCGACAGGAUCGUGGUGUCGGAGUUCGGGACCAUGAUCUACCCCGACCCCUGCAAAAACAUCUUCUCCAGAGCCUUCACUCACCUGUGCAACGCCAUCCCCGACUUCACCGACAACAACCUGAUCAACAUCAUCCGCUACGGUCAGGACUACUACGCCGCCUCCGAGAUCAACUACAUCAACCAGAUCGACCCUGUUACCCUGGAGACCGUGGGCAGGGUGAACUACAGGAACCACAUCGCCCUGAACCUGGCAACGGCUCAUCCUCACUACGACAGUGAAGGCAACACGUACAACAUGGGCACCGCCAUCAUGGGUUUGGGACUUCCCAAGUACGUCAUCUUCAAGGUCCCAGCCAACGCCUCCGAUGAAGAGCAUAAGAAGCCAGUGCUGAGGAAAGUCCAGCAGAUCUGUUCCAUCCCAUUUCGAUCCACUCUGUAUCCGAGCUACUUCCACAGCUUCGGAAUGACCGAGAACUACAUCGUAUUCGUGGAGCAGCCUUUCAAACUGGACAUCAUCAAACUGGCAACGGCAUAUUUCAGAGGAGUCAACUGGGGAAGCUGCCUCAAGUUCGACAAGGACGACAUCACAUUGUUCCACGUCAUCAACAGAAAGACGGGUAAGGCCGUCUCCACCCGUUACUACGGCGAUGCUCUGGUGGUUUUCCAUCACCUCAAUGCCUACGAGGACCAGGACCACCUGGUGUUCGACCUGAUCAGCUACAAGAACAGCAACCUGUACGACAUGUUCUACAUGCACAACAUGCGGCAGGAGACCAGUGACUUCAUCCAGUCCAACCAGCACUUCAGUCCACCGGUCUGCCAGAGGUUCGUCCUGCCGCUCAACAUCCACAAGGACUCGGUUCGAGGGUCCAACCUGGUGACUCUGACAGACACCACGGCCCAGGCACUGGUCCAGGAAGACGGAUCCGUCUACUGUCAACCUGACGACAUAUUCCAAGGUCUGGAGCUGCCGGGAAUCAACUACAACUUCAACACCAAGAAGUACCGGUACUUCUACGGGUCCAGGGUGGAGUGGACGCCCCACGCCAACAAGAUCGCCAAAAUCGACAUCGAGUCCAGAACUCACAUGGAGUGGCAGGAGGAGAACUGCUACCCUUCAGAACCGGUGUUCGUAGCUUCGCCAGGAGCCGUGGACGAAGACGACGGGGUGAUCCUGUCGUCCGUCAUCUCUCCAGAUCCCAACAUUUCUCCAUUCAUGCUCAUCCUAAACGCCAAAACCUUCGAGGAAAUCGGCAGAGCCUCGAUCCCCGCCAGCGUCCACAUGGACCUUCACGGACACUUCAUUCCCGCCAACGUCUGACUCCGUACCGACGUCCGCAGUCAAAUUCUUUAUACCUACGGAUCGCAAAGGUUCAUCGUUCACCCCGUUAAGACCAAAGAAUUGUCUGAAAACAGUCUUUGUCAAUGGGUUAAAUGUGUGUUUCAGGUUCUUUUUUACUUUUCAAUGUUCUAUAUGAACUUUAGAACACAACAUCCAGGAAAUAGACUGUACCAGACACUGGCUUUAGUUCUUGGAGAAACAGUUGAUCUGAGCUCCAGUUCCUGACGGUUCAAGACCAAAAUACUGAUUAAAUCCUGGACAAAAAGAGCUGUCAUCUGUGGUUACACAACAUCAGUUCAUUCCACUGUAGCUGUUCCAUCUUUAGAACAUUGCUUAUGUAACACAGUUCAUCAUUUUGCACCAAAGUUCUAUUUUUUUGUGAUUUCUGACUCACAGAUUUACAUAAAAAUGCAGCUUUUAUCAUGGACCUAUUUUUCCAAAAUCAUGAAAAACUGUUACGGUGAAAACUGUUGGUAUUAAAAUGUGUUUAGAGUAAAUAUUCUACAGAUAAAAAACUAAAUUAUAUCUGAAUUAUCUUACUUUCUGCCCCGUUUGUCUGAAAAUAGCUCAAAGUUAAGGAUUAAAUGGAGUAAAUUUAGAUCCUGUUUGAUAUAAACAGAACAAAGGUGCUUCCAUUGGUCUAAUCUUAGCAACAACGAAUGACGUGGUUUAAUUUGAUCUGGAUUUUCAGGACGAGUAUUAAAAACCCCAAACCACUGAGGAGUUUCAAGUGUUGUGUCCAUUUGUUUUGUGCAAAUUUCAUUUACUCGAAUUGGAAAUGAGGCGUGGAUGUGUUUUACUGUCCUUGAACGCACCAUCAGAGAUUCUUCAAACUGUAUCACCAUGACGACACAGUGUGAUGAGGAAGGAGGCGAGCUGAUUUUCGCAUCUUAAUGAUAAAUCGGCAGGAAAAUAAAACAAAAACAGCCAAACUGCGCCGAU